CAGACAGUUAAGCUGACCACCCGCGGUGAGCCCCAGCACAAGUCUGCGGAGGCCAGCUGUGGGCGAUCAUCCUUGGUCCUCCCUCUGGCCAGCCAGGGGAAGGCGAGGGCUAAGCCCCACAAGGAAGCCUCUGAGGGCAGCGGGAGCUGGGACAUCUCUCACCCACCCACCAAGGAGCAGCCCAGGGGAGACUGCCAGCCACCACCCUGGAGGUCCUCUCCUCCAGCGAAGCUCAGGAAGAGAUGCAGAAAGACGCUCCUCUGCUGCCCACAUCAGCACCCUUGGCCUCGGACGCCAGCCUGGGUGGAAGCCACCAGGCCAGCACCUCAGGACUCACCAACAAUGAGACCGGGCCCCGCAGCCACCCCAAAAUCCACCGGAAGCCCAGCAUGUCCAAGGUGAUCCUGGGGGUUCUGGCCAACAAAGGGAAACGCAGCCGCGUGUCUCAGGCCACGCUGAAGAAGGCGGUGGCUGCCACCGGCUACAACAUGGCCCGCAACACCGGGCGCUUCAAGCUCGCACUCACCAAGCUGGUGGACAAGGGGAUGCUCAAGCAGGUGACCGGCAAGGGCGCCUCGGGCUCCUUCCGCCUAAGCAGGAAGCAAGCCUCCAAGUUCAAGCUCAAGGCCAAGAAACGGCAGCAGCGGCGGCGGAAGUCUGGGCAGCGCCGGCCUAGACAGCGCAAGUCCCUGCUGAGCUCCACAGAGGGUCAAAAACAGCAUAUCAAAGGGGUUCGCAGGGUGGCCAAAUGCCGGCCUAGACAGCGCAAGUCCCUGCUGAGCUCCACAGAGGGUCAAAAACAGCAUAUCAAAGGGGUUCGCAGGGUGGCCAAAUGCAGCCACAAUUAACGAGGCAGGUCAGGCCAGCGAGCAAGGAUGCCCGGCCCGCCCGUAGGCUCAGCGCACAGCGAGAAUAAAAGGAGCCUAACAUUUCA